AUGCGGUUAAAUUGUGUGUUUGCUAUAAUACAGUGCUAUCUAUUUAUUGGCUCUUUCGCGAAUUUAAAAGUUGAGCAAAAAGAGAAAUUUUUAAAUGGAUUCCUUAACUACUUAAAUAAUUUGCCCAAUCAUCAGUAUAAUUAUGAAGGUGUUAUUAUUGAUGCGCAAAAGAUUAAUGAUGAAAGCUAUUGUUAUAAAAUAGAAGCCACCUUGAAAACUUUUGAAAAUUCCAAUUCACAAUCAAAAUAUGUUAAAUGCACUGCUACUAUACUAGACCUCGAAGAGGGUAUUAUUGUUCAGAAUGAUGAGUAUCACUGUGAAAAUAGUGAUUUUAGUCAGCAGAGUGAAAGUAAUACUGGGGAAGGAUUUGUAGAAGACGAAACUACUUCAACUCCAGUAGCUAUUGAAUAUGAACCAGUACAUUUGGAUAAUGAAGUGCAGCCUAAUUCUGGUGUUACAUCUGGUGAACAAUUCAUUGCAAUACCUAGAAGACAAACUGGUGGGGCCUGUGUAGGAUGCUCUAGUCAUGUAAAUCCAGAAGCUGCUGGAGUUAGCGAUUUGGCAGUAUUAGCUAUCAAACAUAUAGAUCGACAUGAACCUACUGUCAGGCACUUGCUUGAAGCUGUACUUGAUGUUGAAAGGCAAGUUCAAGUGGUGAAUGGAGUUCGAUACAUUUUAACACUUCAAAUUAAUUUCAAUAAGUGUACAUCUACAGAAUAUGAGUGCACCGAAAGUAAAAUUUGUAAAAUAUCAAUACUAGAAAAAACCUGGAUUAAAUUACCUGACGGUACAAAGUAUAGAGCUAUUUUGGCUAAUAACUGUACUCAGGAAUGGCAAUUUGGUGAUGAAGGUGAAUAUAUUCCCAGUAGUGAUGUAAACAAUGAAAAUAAUGAUAUUGAUAUCCAUCCUCCAUCAAGUACUAAUGAUCAAGUUCAUGAUAAACCAACACCAGAUUAUGAUAAAAUUGCUAAUACUGGCUCAGUAGAUGAAAUUCUUAAAGCUAUACAUAAUACAGAUGUUCAAGCUCUACCCCAACAAGAGAAAACAUUAACUGAAAUGGAUAUAAAAAACUUAGAACAACAGAUAAUUCCUUACGAGAAAUUUCAUCAAAAAUAUCCAGUGCCUUCUGCAGAUGAUGCAAAAAAUCCAAAGCCAUCAAAUUUACAUAUUGAUAAUCUUUCAGACACUGAAACAGUGAAGCAAUACACUGGUGGUAGUUCAGCUCAAUACAAACCUUCUGAAUAUGAAGUAAAAUCGAGUUUUAUAAGUGAUGAUAAAAGGAAAGCAAUAGAUGACUUAAUAAAUUUUUUCAAUUCUGCUGGGUUUGAUUACAAUCAGGGCUUUGCAAGAAUUAAAAGAAGUUAUGAUCAUGACUUAAAAGUAAUGUCUCUUGUUGAAAAAGUUCAUAAAAUAAAAAAAAAUAUUCACAAUGCAGAAAAAAUAUAUAUUUUGGCACAAAAAUUAGUAGAAUACUUAAAUAAAAAUAAUUUAGAAAUUGGAGACAGAGCUCUCGAAGAUGUUAUUGCUGCGGAAGAAGAAAUUGAAAAUUUACAACACUUCCUCUACAUCCAAAUCCGUGUAGGUAUUCCUUGUGAGCAUAAUAAAUGUAAAAGUAAGGAACUACUAAAUAAAAUAUGUAAUGGUAUUAUUGAAACUACUAAUGAAGCAGAUCCACAAUUCUUAAGUGCUUUUUGUUAUGAUGAAAAAACGAAAAAAUUACAAACACGUAAAGCUGAGAUGAUUCCAUUUAAUGAUCCAUUUCUUCUAAGACUAUCUAAAGAAGCUUUAAAAAAAAUUGAAAUAGAAUCAUCACAUCCAAAUGCUUUAAAAAUUGAUAAAAUAUUGCAAGCAUUUACCCAAAAAGCUUCUGGUAGACUAACGAAAAUCACUUUAAAUCUUGUUUAUACAGAUUGUAACAAAACAGUUCCAUAUGUGAAAAGAACAAAUUGCUCUAUAUUAGAAAAAAUGGAUUUUAAUGUGUGCGAAGUGAGUAUUCAUGAAAGACAUUGGCUUAAAGAGAAAACAAUCUCAUAUAAAUGUACACCACAACAUUAUGGUGAAAGUUUUUCAAAAACAGAUAAAUUGAUUGACUUACAAGAAGCUAUGAACGAUCCUAAAGUUUUAGAAAUGAUAGAAGAAGCUGUGCAAUAUUUAGAACUUCAUUCAAACAGAAAUAACAGACAAAGGGCUAACAAAAUAAAUUCGGUGAAAACUCAACUUGUAGGAGGAUUACUCACUCAGAUUAAUUUCGAUGUAGCUUAUACUAGGUGCUCCUACGAAGAUAAUGUUGAUUUAAAUGCUUGUGAUCUUUUGGAGAAUGAACCUCUGCGUAAUUGUAAAGUGCAGGUAUGGGAUCGCCCUUGGCUGGAAGACGGAAGACAAAUGAGAGUUUUUUGUGAUGAAACUACUGAAAAUGAUAAACCAAGCAGACAAAAGAGAUCAUUAGGUGAAAAGGAAUUAGUAGGUGGACAAAAAGUAAUAGAUGCUACAGAUCCAAAAUAUACUCUAUUAGCAAAAGAAUCUUUACGUAAUUUUGUGGAAUCAAAUGGAGUCAUUGAAGAAUACGAGUUAGCAAUUGUCCAAAACGUAACUAUUCAAGUUGUUGCUGGUACGUUAACUCGAAUUGAUUUUAAAAUUCGUACUAAAAACGGUCAAGGUCCUGAAAUUCUUUGCCAUUCAAAGGUUUGGGAGAGAUUAUGGUUAAAUAGCACGGAAUAUACUGUAAAAUGUGAUGACUUUAAUGUUAAAACUCUAAAAAAGCGUCAUAUUUUGGGUGGCCAUAUAGCUCAAGAUCCAAAUAAUCCUGAAUAUAACGCAUUAGCUGAAAAAUCUUUACGAAAAUAUCUUGAAACUAUUGGUACAAAGCAACAUCACAAGCUGAUUCAAGUUGCAUCAGUAAAUACGCAAACAGUAUCAGGUAAAUUGAUCGAUCUCAAAUUUACAAUUUCACCCACUAAUUGUAAUUUGGACGAAAAAUUCGAGCCAACUUCACUGGAUUGCGAUGUAAUUGACGCUUCCAAUGUUCUGCUAUGCCAAUCUUUAAUUCAUAGACAAGUGUGGCGUCAUACAAAAGAUAUAGAAAUAGAUUGUAAAAAACAAGAUGAAAAUGAUAAACCAAGCAGACAAAAGAGAUCAUUAGGUGAAAAGGUAUUAGUAGGUGGACAAAAAGUAAUAGAUCCUACAGAUCCAAAAUAUACUUUAUUAGCAAAAGAAUCUUUACGUAAUUUUGUGGAAUCAAAUGGAGUCAUUGAAGAAUACGAGUUAGCAAUUGUCCAAAACGUAACUAUUCAAGUUGUUGCUGGUACGUUAACUCGAAUUGAUUUUAAAAUUCGUACUAAAAACGGUCAAGGUCCUGAAAUUCUUUGCCAUUCAAAGGUUUGGGAGAGAUUAUGGUUAAAUAGCACGGAAUAUACUGUAAAAUGUGAUGACUUUAAUGUUAAAACUCUAAAAAAGCGUCAUAUUUUGGGUGGCCAUAUAGCUCAAGAUCCAAAUAAUCCUGAAUAUAACGCAUUAGCUGAAAAAUCUUUACGAAAAUAUCUUGAAACUAUUAGUACAAAGCAACAUCACAAGCUGAUUCAAGUUGCAUCAGUAAAUACGCAAACAGUAUCAGGUAAAUUGAUCGAUCUCAAAUUUACAAUUUCACCCACUAAUUGUAAUUUGGACGAAAAAUUCGAGCCAACUUCACUGGAUUGCGAUGUAAUUGACGCUUCCAAUGUUCUGCUAUGCCAAUCUUUAAUUCAUAGACAAGUGUGGCGUCAUACAGAAGAUAUAGAAAUAGAUUGUAAAAAACAAGAUGAAAAUGAUAAACCAAGCAGACAAAAGAGAUCAUUAGGUGAAAAGGUAUUAGUAGGUGGACAAAAAGUAAUAGAUCCUACAGAUCCAAAAUAUACUUUAUUAGCAAAAGAAUCUUUACGUAAUUUUGUGGAAUCAAAUGGAGUCAUUGAAGAAUACGAGUUAGCAAUUGUCCAAAACGUAACUAUUCAAGUUGUUGCUGGUACGUUAACUCGAAUUGAUUUUAAAAUUCGUACUAAAAACGGUCAAGGUCCUGAAAUUCUUUGCCAUUCAAAGGUUUGGGAGAGAUUAUGGUUAAAUAGCACGGAAUAUACUGUAAAAUGCGAUGACUUUCAUGUUAAAACUAUUAAUAAACGUCAUGUUAAGGAUGUCCCAAAAUUCAAUGAUCUAAAGGGAUCUUCCAGGAAACCGAAUCCAAACAAUUCCGAAUAUAAAGAUUUGGCUGAAAGAUCAUUUAAAAAAUAUUUACAUAAUAAUAAAUUAAAAUUUAAUCAUUACAUUGUUGUAAAUCAAGUAAUCACUCAAGUUGUUUCGGGAAUCAUUUACAAAAUAGAUUAUGUUGCUAUGCCAAGGUCAUGUGCUUCAGAGAAUCAAAUAAAAUGCUCAGAAAGUGAAAAACUUUAUUGUUAUACUGAAAUUUUAGAUCGUCCUUGGGUAGGAGGUAGGAAAAUAAAUGUAGACUGUAAUGAAGGUAUUGAUAGCGAUGAGGAAGAAAUAAAUUAUAGAAAUGUACGAGAUAUUACUGGUGUCCCAAAAUUCAAAGAUAUAAAGAGAUCUCCGAGGAAACCGAAACAUGCAGAAUAUAAAGAAUUGGCUGAAAGAUCAUUUAAAAAAUAUUUACACAAUAAUAAAUUAAAAUUUCAUCAUUACAUUGUUGUAAAUCGAGUAAUCAGUAAAGUUGUUUCGGGAAUAAUUUACAAAAUAGAUUAUGUCGCUAUGCCAACGUCAUGCGCUUCAGAAAAUCAAAUAAAAUGUGCAGAAAAUGAAAAACUUUAUUGCUAUACUGAAAUUUUAGAUCGCCCUUGGGUAGGAGGUAAAAAGAUAGAUGUAGACUGUAAUGAAGGCAUUGAUAGCGAUGGCGAAAAUAUUAAUUAUAGAAAUAAACGUAAUAUUCGAUUAGGUGCACCAAUAGAAAAAAAUAUAAACGAUGAAUACAAAAUACUGGCUGAAAAAACGCUAAACACGUAUCAGGAUAUAUCAAAAACCAAGUAUGUCCACAAAAUAAUAAAAAUAUACCGUGUUACUGAAAAUAAUGUUCAAGGAAAGCUCAUUAAGCUAGAAUUUUCCGCGUCGCCUACAAAAUGUUUGAUAGCAGAUAGUGUAGUGGCUAAAGAAGAUUGCACUUUCUUAAGUCCUAAAAUGACAUUGCGUUGCGAAGCAGAAGUAUGGAACAGGCCCUGGUUGAAAUCAGAGUUAGAUGAGAUAAUUAUAAAUUGUAAGAAGGAAUACUCAAAACAAAUUAGUAAAAACUACCCAAAAAAAAAUGAACAAAUAAAACGAUCUAAGAGACAUAUCGUACAAUCUGAGGAUGACUAUAUUGAUGAAGAUACAAAAUAUUAUUACGCAGAUCGUGCUAUUAACGAGAUCAACGAUAAAGCUUCUACGAACAACUUGCAAAAACUUAUAACUGUACAUGCUUUUCAUAAUAGUAGGAACAUGGGAUUAAAUAUGGUUCAAAUGUACAUAGAAACAGCUUUCACUUAUUGUUUACGACAUCAAGAUGAAGCAGAACUACCAGAUUGUGAAGAAUUGUCUGGGAUGUACCACAGACUAUGUUACGUUAGACUGUGGCCACAAGCUGAUGAUGAAUUAGUUGUAGAUAAGAUUGUCAUAGUCUGUGACGAUGACAAAGAGUUUAAGAACGUAACAGGCCUAUCAAUAGACGUUUUAUUAAAAGAAUCUAUACAAGAGUUAGAAAGUUCACCGGAGCUUAAGUAUAAGCUUAUACUUUUAGGAGAACAAAUAUUAAUCCCUAGCUUUAAUUCCAAGAUACCAAUAAAAUUGAGCUUUUUAGUGAGCACUACAAAUUGCUCAAAAGACGUAGAUAUAGUACAAGCUCCUUAUGUAUGUGUUGUAGAUACUUCUAAACUGUCCAAAUCAUGCACUUCCUAUAUCUGGAUGACUAAAAAUUAUAAGAAAAUUAAAAAAAUAAGUGUUGUUUGUGGUCUGCCUCAAGAAAACCGUAGUAAACGAUCGAUAUCCUUAGAAGUGACAAAUGCUACAUCUGAUGAGAUAGCUAUACAAGAGUUAGUAAAAGAAUCAUUGGAAAAGCUAGAAAUGGCUUCACAAUAUAACUAUAAACAACGAGUUUUGCAAAUUAAUAGUUAUGAUAGUAAAAUAACUACGGGAAAGUUAACUGUGAUCGAUUUUGACGUAGGAUAUACGAAUUGUUUAAAGUUCGAGUGGGUGGAUGACAUUACGAAGUGCGAAUUUAUAGAACAUUUACCCCAAAGACACUGUACAUCCCAUAUCUCAGAACGUGUUUUGUUACAAAACGGAAGAAAAAUAGAAGUCGACUGUCACGAUAUAGAAGCUCCUCUAGAAGCUCACAUUGAAUUUGAUAAUCCAGAAAAUGCUAUGCGUUUAGCAGAUCAAGCGUUAAAACACAUUGAAGCAAAAUAUCUACAUCAAUUUAAACAAAAAGUAGUUAGGAUAUUGUCAAUAGAAAAACAAGAAAUAGCUGGUCUACAUUACAGGAUGAAGAUUGAAGUUGGGUUUACAGAUUGUUACGCUUUGAGUGUAAGAGAUGACUGUAAACUCAAUAAAAAUACUCAAAACAAACUGUGCAAUGUAAACGUUUGGUUGCGAACGUGGACAGAUCUUCCGCCUGUAUACCGAGUGUCAUGCGACCACCAAGACAUUGGUAAUACCGACCUCCACCUCGACAUGCAAGCGAGCUAUUUAUUUGCUGAUUUCUUGACUACUCAUAAGCCAGAGUAUAUGGAUGACCACGUUGAAACUCGAAAAAGAUACAACGUAUUCAGAGAAAAUUUAAAAAAGAUACAUGAUCUAAACACACAUGAAAGAGGUACUGCUACAUACGCCGUUACUAGAUUCGCUGAUUUAACAUAUGAGGAAUUUAGUCAAAAAUAUUUAGGACUGAAACCUAGUUUACGUAACAAUAAUCAUAUUCCGAUGACAAAAGCUGAAAUACCGCAGGUGCGGCUACCUGACAUGUUUGACUGGAGACAGUAUAAUGCAGUUACAGAAGUUAAAAAUCAGGGAUCGUGCGGUAGCUGCUGGGCUUUCAGUGUUACAGGCAACGUCGAAGGCCAAUGGAAGAUUAAGACUGGCGAUUUGGUGUCAUUGUCAGAGCAAGAGUUGGUGGACUGCGAUAAGCUGGACGAUGGAUGUAAUGGCGGCUUGCCAGAUAAUGCUUAUAGAGCAAUAGAACAACUCGGUGGGUUGGAAACUGAAAAUGAUUAUCCUUAUGAAGGGGAAAACGAUAAGUGUGUGUUCAACAAAACAUUAUCUAAAGUUCAAAUAAGCGGUGCUGUCAACAUCACUUCCAAUGAGACGGACAUGGCCAAGUGGCUUGUAAAAAAUGGCCCGAUUUCUAUAGGUAUAAACGCAAAUGCUAUGCAGUUCUACGUAGGAGGCGUGUCUCAUCCGUGGAAGGUUCUUUGCAGUCCUAACAAUUUGGACCAUGGUGUUCUCAUAGUCGGCUAUGGCGUUAAAAACUACCCACUGUUCCAUAAGCACCUUCCAUACUGGAUAGUGAAGAACUCGUGGGGCAAGUCGUGGGGCGAGCAGGGCUACUACCGCGUGUACCGCGGCGACGGCACCUGCGGGGUCAACCAGAUGGCUAGCAGCGCGGUUGUA